AUGGUUUAUGUAAAAUGGCUGCCAAAUAUGAAUGAUCCAGUCGAAUGUCAACGCUUUGAACAGAUUCUCGGAACUUUUAACGACGAUCGAAUUUCUUCUGAUUCAGUUAUUACCAGCACCACGUCAGUUUCAUUAUUACCACAUAAAGCUCAACCACGGCCAAUAAUUUUAAAUUAUUUAAAGAAUGAUCGAUAUGCUCGAUUGAAACUUGAAUCAAGUGCGAAUGAAGUCGGAUCAGAAGGUUUGUUUGAUGUCAGUGGUGCAGAGGAAGACUCGAAUAGUAGCAGUUUAUCAAAUCCAAACGAAAUAUCUUUAACUGGAUUUUUUUGUAACUUUGAUAAAAACUCUAUAACAUCGACAACAAGUGAACCUCAAAUUCCUAUUAUUAAUGACUCGAUCAUCAAUGAGCAACGUGUGAUUCUAUCAAAAAAUAUCAAUAAUGAUAACUGUAUCACACAAGAAAACAUGGCUAUUACUAACAAUAACCAUUUCGAUGCAGAAAAUCCAUUUGAUAACAACGAAUUUAUUGAUACAGCAGCAAUACGCCGGUUAUGUAAUUGCUCAUCAAAGAGAAAAAAUACACAAAAUGAAGAAUGCUGUGAAGAUGAAGAUGGCAUUCCACUUCGUCUACGUAUCCGUGCACACAAAAAAAGUGAUGGACAUUAA